AGUAAGUAACCGCGGUCUUGAUCCUUGAUCACUCCAAAAAGUAGCUAAGGUCAACAAAUGUGUCGUGUGAAAGUACUGCUCAGUAGCUUUAAUAUGAAUGGCAACACCAUAGGAUUUCGUCCCCAGACGCGAGAGUAAAAACUACUUACUCAGAAUAAAUAGAACCAAGUGCUGAGGUUUCUAAAUAGAUCAGCAACACAACUAUGCCGCUUUUGAAGCCGUUCGAUUAACCGAUGCACAGACCCUGUAUUAGUUAAGUCUAAUUCCCGUCGGCUGGGCAUUGUGUUUUGACUUGUUAAAACAUUCCCACUCGUUUUAAAACCAUGCUAAAACAAUCGUAAAUAGAGAGGACCCUCUACUAAAUAUGGUUUUAACAUGGAAUAUCUUAUUAACUUAAGUACAAAUUUUCAUUUUUUUUUUCAGGAAAGAAUGAAACUUGGUAUGUCACCAGAUUUAUAACUUUUUUAUUUAUUGGUAGUUUUCUUAAACCAUUUUGAUUAUCUUUUAAUAUUAUCUAGUGUUACUUUUCCAUCAAUUCAAUCAUACUCAGAUCAGUUACGAUUUUUAAAUAUUUCGAGCGACAAAAAGUUGCCGUUUGUCCUCUUUGAAUACUCAACGAACUCGAAAAUGAAGACAAUGUGAACCUGUAUCACAACAACAGAAUAUAGAUCGAGGGUUACUGAACCCAGAGACAAGUGCAGUUGAAAAACUAGAUUUUGAGCGCUUAUUACAGUUAUUUGUUGGAAAAAGCUGUUGUUUUUUUCCUUACUUCGAUAACCCUGCUUUUCACUUAAAUGUUUCGGAGAGUUCUGCGUUGUUGUUAAAGGGCUGCGCAAAUUGUAAAAGCAGUAUAUUACUUGGUGCGGCGGAAUUAGUGUAUUUUUAAUAUGCGCUUAUUCGUAUAAUUUUAAAGCACUGUUUUUUUGUUUUCAUGCAGGUCGCGGGUUCGAUUACCGCGGCCGGACCAAUUCUCAGGGUCUUAAAAUAACUAAGAAAUGAAGGUACUCCCUUCUAGUUGUAUUGCAAGCUGCUGGACCUUCGCGUGGCUCGGAUGACCACGUACAAAUAGUGUCCCCAAUUAGUACUUUCGUGCUAAAUACCUUGACACUAAAAUAAAGUGCGUUUUUUUUUCAGUGGACGUUGCCAACCGUUCAAAGGAACAAUUUGCUCCAAAUAUAUCUCAGAUAUCUUCGUUCCUAAUUUCAAACCACAAAAGCAGUCUGAUGAAAAGAUUUCCAUUGCUGCGGCGAUUCUGACAGACUACAUGCGUCCUUCAUGCAAAAGGUCAUUUGUAAACGUUCUGUGUUACAGUCUCUUUCCACCAUGUCAGCCUGGAAAGUGUCCCAAGCCACAACUUCUGUGUAAAGAGCAAUGUGAAGUGCUACAGGGAAGAACAUGUUCUAAGGAGGUUCGACUGCUGAGAACAAGACUAGGUGCUGUUGCUGAUGAAAUAAUUCCAAACUGUUCCAAGGUGCCGUCCUUUCAUCCGGACUGUAAGCUGGAACCCGUCGGUGAGUUUCCCCAGCGAAACAGGGAGCUUUAGCAAGGACAACGGCGACGGCAACGAGAACGUCAAAAAAGCAAUAGGUUUGAUCAGCAAAACAACAACUCUGCACGUGCAUCAAUCAUCCUGUUUUGCACAUUUCUUUGCCGUCACUGCACGACUAAGACGUGUAGUCGUUCUGUUAUAUGGAGGAGGUAAACAAAAGACUACGAAUUUCCUUUUCUCUCUCCUAGCUUGGGCGCGGUCGAAAAGAAAUCAGUUCCAGGAGAAUCACCUACACUUGAGAUCUUUCGCGAGUCGGAAUAACCGCAAGCAAGGUCUUAUAAAUAGUGAUGUUUUCGUUGCCGUAGAAGGUCGUCGUUGCUAAAGCUCCCUUAAAAUAUGUUUUUCGUGGGCUUAUGAUGACUUUGUUCAUGUUUCCUUAUUCAUUACGAGCUAUAAACCUCAAACUGACCAUUUGCAAGGGAGUCAUGACAGCCACAAAACAAAGACCAAAAACGCGGCUAGGACUCGAUCCCUUGUAGUCUCUCCUAGGUCUUGAAUCCGGACUUUCGAUCCGCAACUUUCAGCGCAAUAAUUUAUUCCCUAUAAAAUAAAUUUAUAUGUCUUGUGUGGUCUUCUAAUUUACAGGCCGGUCACAUGAUUGUCCGAAGGCGAAAGACAGUGGUGAGUGGUAGAAAUGUAUUUAUGUUUGUUUCAUACCAUUUUUUUUCUUGAAAUGAUGAUGAAACUGUCAUCUGCGAGUGGUCGACGAAAAGUGAUUUUUAGUGGGCAUUUUUUGAGCCUCAAAAAUGUCGGGAAAAUAUAAUAAAGAGGUUAAAAAAAGCUGAAUUAUUUUAUUCUUUAUUUCUCUAAUGUUGUAGAUAUUGGUCAAGUCACGAUGAAACCGUUGAAAGAGACCUUUCCCGUAUGCCGUGACAGCGACGCACUUUCAAGAAUUAAUGUACACAAGUACGACAACGGAAUAUUCAAACUUCUAAAGAACGUCUGGUCAGAGAUAGUCAACGGAACGACGAUGUUAACUUCGCCAAGCGGUGAGCAGUCAACAUACUGUUUCUCAGCCUCAUUACCUUUUAACAAACUCGUUCGUGAUUGGAGUUUCUACAGCAAGGCAGCGCUUCUUCCUAAUUUACAGAGACCGCAGCACAUCACAGUGCCUGGACUGAAAGUUUCGAUAGUGAGUUCAAGAGUGGUUGGAGUGUUGGUACCUUUAGGGACAGCGGCAAAAUACAAAGUGCACGAGAAGAUCGUGCUUAAAAACGUUGAAUUUUUCUACAGGUAUCAAUUUGGUAACGGGACCUUCAUUGCAAAAGGAGACUUCAAUCUUUGCCAGACUGUUUUUAAAUUGACUGUGGAAACACUGGCCGAUGGAACCGUAAAACUAAGCGGUUCCUCCGAAUCGCCUAUUGACGUUAGCACCAUCGAAACGGCAUUCAUAUCUGCUAGGCCCUCAAAUUGGCUACUCGAGUUGUUUAAAAAGAUAGACUUGUUUGUUCUUCGUCUUAUGAGACCGUACAUGGAAGCUUACAUAAACGACGAUUUCAUGGUAAAGUUCUCUGGGGACACGUACUUUGGUGCGAACGCCGUGCCAGCAUCACUGGAGAUCUUUGGCGGGAAAUUGCGUGGGGAUGACCUGCUCUUGGCGGGAAUAACGAGUUCCAGUCUCACCAUGACACAAGUAUUGAAGAUGAUGACUAGCUUACCAAUUCCUCAAUUCGAUUUCUUGAAGACUUCGUCAAAUAGAUCUAGCGUAAGUUUUUUUGAAGAGACUACCUUUUCAACUUAAAUUUCAUAUAAUACCUUGCCAUUUAGAGUCUACCCACCAACUCAAAGGUUACAUCAACAAUAACACGAUAAACAGUGGGACUGCAUGGCAGGCGCAUAACAAAUAAGGGGCACAAGAUAAAGAUGUGAACGAGAGAGGAGGUCUCUCUCGCGGUCAGUGUCUACGUCCAAAUUUCCUCCUUACUUUGCCUGCGCCUGCUGCCCAUGAAAAAUAAACCGUACCACUAGAUACUAGAAGGAACUUCCCAAUAAAGCCUUUUCACGUGACGUCACGUCCGUCAUGUUGAUGUCCCAAACCAGUCCUGUGAGAGUUGAACUCUUUUCUCAUGUAAAGGCUUUCCUCUGUGGCAAUUUGCAUAGCUGUUGACCAGUGAAAACGCUCAUCACCUUUGGAGGAUUGAAGAGCAAUUAAUUCAAUGUUAAUGUUAUGGUUUUUUUCCUAGGUUGGAAUAACAUUAUCCACGAAUAAUGUAGACCUUAGAAACACCCCAUAUGGUGGACUUCAGCAGCAGCCGCUGUCUCUUGCAUUGGCUGGCACUGUUCCUGUGGGUUUGAGCCUGAUAACUAGAGCCCAAAUCCCGAAAGAAACACACAACGACAGUCAAAUUUAUCAGUUGCUCCAGGUUUGUUAUACUACAAGCAAACUUGCAUUUGAGUCAUGCACCUAAUAAGAGACGCUUUUUACAUACCUGUGGAAGGACUUGGGGUGUGAAGUAUGAAAUCAAGGAAGUGUUAAACGUUCAAGAUUGUAUCUGAAGACGCGUUAAACCGACACGAAGUUGUCGGAAGAGUUUCUAAGAAUAUGGUUUAGAAAGGUCACAGUCAAUGGUAUCUUUACUUAGCCUGAUGAAUAUAAGUGCAGGCAGAUUCUCAUCUGUAGGCAAUGACCUGAAUACUCAAAAUAAAGGAGAAAAUAAACUUCUUGUUCCAAUUGUUCUUUAUGUUUCUCGUUUGUUUAGAAUGUAUUUGGCCGAGAAAGUGAAUUUACCGUGAAAGCUACAACAACAGAUGGCUGGCAAGAGAUCAUGCUCGAUUGGUACUUCCACAAUGUCUCAAAAGAAGCAAUAACGUCAUUUGACAGAGUGAAAAUGAAAAUGAAGGUAAAAUUAACAGACCAUUCUUGACAAAAAGUGAUGUUAGACACUAUCACGUUAUAGUCCUUCAACGACGACAAAGAAAUCCGUGCAAAGUUGCUGGUUUGCUGAUCUAAACUUAUUGCUUAAAGUCCCUAUUACUAAAACUAGGGGUGAUCAUUGAUUACGGAUCCGCGUUCGUCACUUACAGAAAAAUUACGGAAACGAAAUCGAGUCGAAAGGAGUCCAGUUUCCCGGCCGAAGUGCCCCUGACAAAAUUAAUAGGGGCGGGUAAUUUGCAGUCGCCCGUGAUAGCUCGUAAACCCGUUUCUGCCUAGGGUCGUUGUUUAAGCUCUCUAAUGUCAAUAUCCCGAAAUGUUCGCAAUAUUUAAAAUAUGCCAGGCUUUUAACUCACCAAUAUCUCCUAAUCCCGCCGAAGCCAUAAAAAUUGUUUGUAUGAUCAGCUGAAUUGUAUAUUUAACAUAUAACUGCGGUAAAACUUUGAUCAAUCCUUUGCUUUGAAGGUCGUCUUUGGUUUGUUAGGGCCGUCAAUGGAGUUUGCCGCCGAUGGGGGUUUAUACAGUAGUGAGCAGCCUUCGAAGACCCUUCCCUUUAGCGGACGACUUUCACUCCAGAAUUACAAAAGAUACCUUGAGGGAAACUUUCAAACCCAUUCAGAGUGGAGGAAGGCUUUGGGUAUAGAAUUCUUGACUAUGAAAAACCUAAGAAUUGGGUAAGUGUAUAAAAACGCCAUCUAUGUCAUAGGAGUUUGUCAAUCUGUAGGCGAACUAGUCGGGGGUUACAAGCGCUCAUCCACACCAAAUAUUUUUGAAGAUUGGAGAAUCUCAGAAUCACUUAUCCUUAGCAACGAUUCCUUUUUUAUUCACAUUUUGGAUAAACGGUUGCUAUCGUUACGAUAUGUGACGUCAUAUGUGCCAUUUACGGAGAUAAAUUUUAAAAAACAUUUACCAGUGAGAUGAAAAUUAUUUACAUGAUCCUGUGAUGUGCUUGAACUUGGUGCCUAUGAGACUUUUCAUCACAUUUUCACACCAACUCCAGGCCUCUUUUAUGUAUACUGUACGUUGCGCACGACAUAUCAGUACUAUAACGGCCACAUCAAAAAGUGGAAAACCACUGGAAGAGUUAAGUCCACACGAAAUGAUUUUCUUUUCGGCCAUGGGCUGAUAUUUAUGACUCGCACAGUUGAAUUCAACAUUAUUUUUGUGGCUUCUUACUCAUUUUUCGCUUCUUUUUCUUAAUUCCUUCCAGUGUAUCACUACCAAUCAACCAAUCACUGCACAGCAGAAUAAGAGGAGAGGCCGACCUUCUGUUAGGAUCAAACUGCAACAGUAGUGACAACGACUCUAUCAAGGUUAGCUACGAUGACCGGAAUAUUAUACCAUACCAAUCGCUAGCCUGUUCCAUAUUCCAAGAUAGUGUGGAAAACGGGUCGAAAAACGUUGCGGGAACACCGCGUGACGCAGGCUAACCAGUCGCGUGCUAAACCAGGUUGUGAAUUGUCUUAGAAGAAGUUCUUUCUUCCUUCUCAUUAAAUUUUUCGCUCGACAUUUAACGCCUUUUUUUUCUUCACAGCAGCGGUGUGUCACUGGUCACCUCUUCUUGGGUUUUUCGGAUGAUUCUACAGGCCACUUUUUCUACGGCACGCUGUCUCCUGUUAGUUUGCAGAAACUCCUUGAACUUUGCAACAUUCAACACAAACUUCCAGGUGCCAUGGCAACGAUAGGAUUUCCAGAAGGUCUCCAGGUACACAAGUAAUUGGGUUUACAAAAACUCACUUAAUCGUUGGUUUAAUCAGUAAUUAGUUUUAGUGACGUCCCCAUGGUGCUUUCAUAUCUUUGCAGAUUUCAGUGGCCAAAGGAGCACAUGACCUUCGCAAACUUGGUGGACCUGUUUUGCAACCGGGAUUUAUCAUGAAGGGCAAGAUGAGCGUAAUGGGAAUAGAAACAACCGGCGCAAUUUCACUUAGUCCAAAAGAGGUUUGUCGUCAUUAACAAUUAAUACUCUAUUACUUUUUACUCAGAGUCGGGUACUUGAGAAGGCUCCUGAUUGCGUUGACGAUGACCCAUAAAACAAUUAAGCGGACGCCAAAACUGGAGAUCAUCGCACAAAUGCUUAUGUUUCUUUUGCUAUAUAUAGUCUAGUCCUAUUGUUCACUUUCGAUAACAAGUUGUUUGCAGACGCAACAUGUAAGAAGACCCUUAAUUUCUGAAUAUCUCAGUUUCCCUCUUUCAGUUUGAGAUCGAUGCAAAACUCACUUCAGACAAGACUUCUACAGCCGUCGAUGACUUCACAUCCCUGCUUUUGCCCAGAUUAAAUCAUGAAAGUAGCCGCAAGCUUUGGCUGGAAGCUCGUAUGAAACCAGUACCAUAUGUAAAGGUAUACAGCAUUACCGUGCAGCAUAAUAAAUAGUACCAUAGGAAUUACAGCUGAGUAGCUUUUAUUUGAAUGGUCACACCAUAGGAUUUCAUGCACAGACUCAAAAGUUAGAACCACCUUGCACAGCAUAAUAAAUAAUACCACAGGAAAGUACGGCUCAGUAGCUGUUAUUUGAAAGGUCACACUUUGGAAUUUCAUCCACAGACGCAAAAGUUAGAAGCACCUUGUACAGCAUUAUGAUAAUAAACAGUACCGCAGUACAUUUUGCAGUACCACAGGAAAGUACAUUCGAGUGCUCACACUUUUGGAAAGAGAAAUCAGACAGAAAACCUCCGGAAACAGGGUAAAAUUACCUGCCAGGGAGGUGGCAGUUCUGUUGGCAAUUCGGUCUGUAAUCAUAUGAGUGAUUAACAAAACGAAAUUCUGCAACCAAUUAAUCAUAACUAUAACAAAAUUUGUGAUAUUUUUUUAGGCUUUUUUAGAUCAAAACACAGGAAAUUUUGUUAGUAGUGAAAAAAAAAGCCAUUUAAGCGCGUGCUUGAUGGCGCGUCUUUCCAGUUACUUAGGCAUGACACGUACUGUCCUAUUACACUGUCCUAUUAGUGCUGAAAUCAGGACAGCUGAUAGCCAAUAGGAUUUUAAAAUUUUGUUAUAGUUAUGAUUAAUGUGGUGUUUCAGUGAUUUUCCAGCUGUUGUGGCUCGGUAGCCUUGAAAAGAAAGUAGAACAAGCAACAGCAACAAUGCUCCACUGUUUGUCUCUUCUAGGCACAAGUAGAUGGCUAUGCUCGAUUGUUUGGCAUAUUUGAGGAAACACGCCUGCUUGUCACCCAUGAUUCGUUGCAAAUCUAUCUUACAACUGACGUCAGCAAGUCAUUCAGAAUCAACGUUAACAUCAUCACAAACUACAGCUCAAACAGGAACGAUACACUAUUCAACGCUACGGUUGUUUUCGACAACGGUUUAACGAAGGUAAGAUUUCGGAUUCUUGGUACCCUUGAGCCAGUCAAUCAUUCUUCAAGAAUUUUCUUCCACUUCGGCGGGACACUUUUUCAUCCGUAACUUUAAAGCUGGAGGAUGCCAAUUGAUUUUCCACUAAUCAGUCAAAAAGUUCAUACUCCUUAAGAGGGUCCUCAAUAGGUUUUUCGGGAUCCGGGAUUUCCCUUAUUUGAAGCUUGGGAUUCGGGAUUUGAAAGCAAAAUCGGGAGGAGUUUUGGGAUUAAAAGUAUGCCCGGGAGGUGGGAUUCCAAAAAUAACCCUCGAGAUUACGGGAUUGCACGAAACUUUGGGUCGGGAUUACGGGAUUGAAGAACCCUAUUCGGGACCCUCCCUUAAGGAAAAAGCACCUAAAGCUAACUUCAAGGACUUUUUCUUAUCGUAUUAGAAUACUAAAACAAAUAGCACCACGCGAAAGUACUUUGCCAUAGAGGUAUCGUUUGAAUGGUCGCACAAUUAUAACUUCGUUCACAGUUGAGAACGUUAGUAGAGCUACAUAGCAUGCCCUCGUAGUACUUACGCUUCAGCGACUUGGAGUGGGAGAAAACGGCUUAAGACCAGGGCACUGUUACUCUCUGACGUGAUAGAUAUUGCUAACGCUGUCGUCCGAUCGACUAUGCGACUUUUGGCCGAGAACAGUUUUGUUAGAUGUCAUGUGUCCUCGAAAUAACCAAUAAAGCGUGCUCCCUUGGCGAAAAAAUCUCAGCUAUUUAACAGCACAUACCUCAAUUGAGCCAUUUUGUUUUACAGUUGACAAAUUUGGCUGCAAAACAAGUUGUUGCGAUGUUGGAACAAGAAAUGUCGGAGCUGAAUUCGGCUAAAGGAGAAGUACAGCGAAAGAGAACAGAAUGCGAACAAACAGUAAAACGAGAAUGCAGUAGCUGCAUGAACAACGGAGAAUGUGCUAGUUCUCUUGAGACCUGUCGCACCAGUGUGGGGAAGAAAACGCUAGCAAACAACCUUGGAGGAAAACGUAACCCUAUAGACAUCUGCCAACGUUUCGUUAUGGACAGUUGCCUGGGAUCCGAGAUCGCAUGCCAUAAUGUUUGCAGCUUCCUUAGCUCAAACACAAACAAGACAUGCGCAACUUAUAACGCCGCUGCCACAUCUCAGAGGAAACUAGAGCGAAGGUUGAAAUGGGUGAAGCAAGCAGAGCGGAUGGAUGAGAAUUUGUUCCACAUCCACGGGAUUUCCUUCAAAACAAACGUAUCUUCAGUUGUAGAUUUUGAACACUUCAACAUAGACACUUCUUUAGAAGUAACCAUAUUUGGGCAAAGACAAAGACUGGAAGGUUUGCGUAUUGGUUUCAACGACUUUGUAAAGUUAUCGUCCGAGAUCGCAACUCACGCGUGGGACUGGUACCAAACGGCCAAGCCACAGUCCAAAUCAAAGUCUCUUCAUUUGGAUAACCGACCCAGACCUUCAUCGAACUAAAUGGAGCAUUUAAUGACACGAAGAACGCGUAUUUAUAGGAGGAAUUAACUUUUCCUUAAUGCGGUUAUAAAACGUAGCAAAGUACAUGCAAUGAUUUAGAUGUAAAUUUAGUCGUUUUGUUCAGCAUUCAAGUUGGGAAAAUGUUUUUUCCAUUAGAAGACAUAACGAGGGAUGGUUCCUUUUUUCGUAUUAUAAGAAUGAUACAACCGAUUUCACUUAAGACUGCAAGUAUUGGCUGUAUUACCUAUAUUUUUCUGGUUAGUCGGGCUCAGAAAAGUAUCAGAAUUUCUAAUUCUUGUUGGACGAGAAAAACAGUUGAGCGCCGUGCUGAGAUCAGAGAGGGGAAAUAGAAGAAUUAGUCUUAACGCUCAAGGAUUAACCGCAUCAACUUUUGCAUCAGGAUGUACAAGAUAAAUGCCCUAGCAUUCUUCUCGGAUGCCAAUAGUUGAGCACGAGAAAUGUGGUUGCAAACUUACUCGUUUCGUUUGUAAAAUAUAAAUCUAACACAAAGAACUUAAAGAACCAGUAUACAGAUAUUUCAACUUUUUAAUAAUUACAAACGUUCUGAACUAAGAACAAUGAAAGGUAAGCCUUGACUAUUUCUAAAAGAACUUGUACAAUCAACAUUAAUAAAAGUAAGAACCUGGUGAAAAGACCAUUGAUAUUUAACUGAAACCAAAGAUCUUCCUAACGGAAGUCGUGUACGUAGCAACUACGGAAUGUGUUGGAACAUGUUUUUUCUUAACACUAAUAAAAGUAAAAUUAAAACAGGAUACGAAAUAAUGUGAUUUUUCUAGACGAGGAUGAUUAAAAUGUAUUUUUUUAAUUAUUUUACGAAACUUAACUUAAACGUUUUAUAUUAAACCAACG